AUGCCGAUCCAUUCGCCAAACUGUCCUAAUCCAACGGGAUGCCGCACUAAGGGAAAAGUGAAAGAGUUAGCGGAAAGAGUCAGAAAAGUGUAUCUACAACGACCCAACGAUGAAGAGGCCCGGCGUCGGGCGCAGGUGGCUGCUCAAUACUAUCACAACUUUCAUCGUUCCUGUCCAACACCCUCGCUCCAGCCACUUCAUCCACUCAAAACAACAAUUCCAGUGGAGGAAAAAGAUGUCGUGUUCAAUCUGCCGACAGAGAUUUACAUGAACAUCAUCGGCUGCGUCGGUGAUCAGAUUGACGCGGGGAGCAGCCCACAUCGAUCAGAGGCGACAAAAACAUUACUAUCUCUUGCACGUACUUGCAAACUAUUUCAGUACAUUUCCGAAGAGCAUAUUUAUAGCUUAUUGCCAUUCAGAGGGAUCGCCGAGAAAGUAUGGCAGUUUCAUUUCUCGAUCACGAUUGAACCUCGCCGCGCCAGCCUUGUCCGAUCUCUCUAUAUUCGGUGGGAUGAAGAAAACGAAAACCGUCAAAGUCUGAUUGACACCGUCCAAGCCUGCCCAAAUCUACACAGUUUAGCACUCAAAUGGAUGGAGGCACGCCGGGUUCUAGGAUAUUGGCGUCGAAUUCUCAGAGACGAUGGAAAGCGUAUGAGAGAGCUAUUCCAAUCAUGUCCGAAAGUCAAGACCUUCAGGUUCUCCGGAUAUCCAUCCAACCCCUACUCGUUCCCAAACAUACAUGAAGCCUCAUUCUACAGCCACAUCACCGAACUUGAAACAGAUGCCGGUUCUCUCUGGGCACACACGGCCCUAAUGAGCUACGACUUCUCCAACGUAACGACCCUACACCUUGGACAAGCAUUUCACGAAGCUACAGCUUGUUAUAUGCCGUACACGAUUCCACGCCUAAUUCAUCAAAAAAUUACAAGGCUACGAAAUCUGGAUAUCAGCGUGAGACGGGUGGACUUAAUAACUUUAAAUGACGCUUGCAUCGCGUGGGGACCUACACUUCAGCGUCUUUGUCUUCGCAUACCUGAUUAUGACGAUAAUUAUCGUUUCGGCGAGCUGAUCCGCCAUCUUCCUUUCCUUGAAGAGUUCUUGGUGCUUAUGAAAACACGGUUGAAGCAAGACCUGAUCAGUAACAUCACGACAAGCAGUUGGCUGACGACACCCCGCCUUCGGACAGUUGUUCUGGGAGAUACUGCUCCACAUGCCAUGUCCAAGUUAUCUGAUCUGCAAGGGGAACCCAUAGACAAGGCUCUUGAGUAUUUGAUCGACACUCUACACCCGACGUUGGAGACACUGUACCUGGGAUACCAUCAGCCAGUCCGAAGGUCACUCCUCCAGCAUCUAGAAAAAGCGAAAAACUUGAGACGACUCAGACUAUACCUCGAAGAAGACCCAAAACAAGAAGAUAUUGAUGGAUUGUCAGAGUGUACCAAACUGGACAGAUUCAGGUCAGGCGAGAUGGGUGGAAGUCUCACAUAUCCGAGUUUGAUUGCUGGUGAGCUAAUCGAAGUGCAGCAAUGGGAGGGAGGUUGGGAUUAA